AUUACAAGUUUCAUUUUUCGCCGCUCCAGGCAAGAACUCUGCGAAAAUGUCAGGGAAAUACGUUUUCGUUGGAGUCUUUAUCCUUCAAGUUGUACAGACAGUCAAGUCACUGGGUCAAUUGCAAAAGGUAAUUAUAAACGCUUCAGUUGCAAUUUGCAAUGACGAUUCACCUGCGGUGUUCUACAUCGGACAACUACCUACUGUUAACUGGAUUAUUUACUUCGAGAGCGGGGGACUUUGUUCAUCGAAGGCGGACUGCAACAAGCGAUAUUUGAACAAGAAUUCGACUGUGUUGAUGUCCUCGAGGCAUCUUCCGGAUAAAGUCACUGGAAGAGAUAUUCUGUCAUCUUCGGAAGGCGAUAAUCCGACUUUCUACAAUUAUAAUCAUGUGCUCGUCCCUUACUGUAGCAGUGACCUGUGGCUUGGCAAAAAAUCAGCGCACCGGAACGGAUCCUUUAAUUUUGUGAAUAACCCUUCCGUAGAUAACUUCAGUUUUAGAGGUCAUACAAUUUUUCGCUCAGUUUUCGAAGAAUUACGCACGAAAUACAACAUUUCCCUAGCAGAAUAUAUCGUGGUUUCGGGAAGUAGUGCUGGAGGUAUAGGAGUUUUAAAUCACGCAAAUUGGCUUACAACGGACUACACUAAAAACUUGACAUCAAAGCCUAGAUUUCUCUUCAUAAUAGACUCAGCGUGGUUUGUAAAUUUCCAAGAUGGCUUUAAAUCAAGAGUGAACUCUGAAUUUGGCGCAUUAGCGAAGAUUUCGUUGGAUGCAUGUGCAGAUAUGCGAUAUGGUUACGCGUGUUGUCUAUCCGCAUCAUGUCUCCUUGCGCACCACAUUUCAUCUGCGUUGCAAAUGGCGUUUAUCUUUAGUUUGUACGACAUUUAUAUGUUUGCAGACGUGCUUAAAAGGCUUGAAAGCCAGGGAAAGACGGCCGAAAGUAAUGUAGCCGACUUUUUAUCAGCAGUUAGUAUGUAUGGUGGGGCCAUGAAUGAAUCACUUGAAAUUCCCCAACGGCGUCACGCUAGUUUUUUUGUCCCGGCCUGUUUUCAACACACAUAUUUGAGUACGUCAAGUCUCUGGGACAAAGACAGUGUGUUAAAUCCUUUGGUAGAAGUUACCCGAAACAAUGGAAAAUUCAGUCAUAGAAUUAAAAGUGGAACUUGGUCAACGACAAAAAUUCCAAAUGGGACUUUGAGCCUCAGCAUUCAAGAUUUCUUAUCUACUUGGGUAAAAUCCAGUAAUACCACCUUCAAGGUGAUUGACAGUUGCAUUGGUGCACACUGCAAUCCAACCUGCCCAGAUAAGCUGAUUUUUGUGGAUGCAGGUGAAGUCUGGAGGGGUGUUGUCAAAGCAGUCAUCGUCACUUUCUCCUUGAUUAUCACUGUGCUCUGUUCUGGACUGAAAGCAAGUUUCAUGUUUUAUUAUUGUUAUUUGAUGAAAAGGCAGAAAAAAUAUCUCAACGAUAGUGAAACUUCUCAGGCAAGAAAGGAGCUUCCACUCUGCAAGGCGGACGAAACUGUUAGUAUAGCUUGCUUGUCCUUAACGUACGAAGUGGAUGUCAAGGAAAAGAAAAAGAAAGCUGAUAAUGAACCCAGUUCCGAAGAGAACAGUAGUGUGAUCAGAACAGAUCGGAGCAGUAGAACAUCGCUUACACUUCGAGGCUCAAUCUUGGAAGAAGACUCCGGCAGCGAUGGCCAAGAUUAUGAAGAAAGUGAAUGCCACGAGGUAGACGGCGAUUUUAACUCUGUUCCCCCCAAGUUUACGAAUGGUUCGACGAAUUUUGAAACGGAAUCGACAGAAACAUCCCAAGAAUUCCAAGCUGAGUCCUCGUUGAGCAACUUGGAUGGUCAUUCUACUUUGGGGUCCCAUACCGGAAGUGAAAUGGCACUGUUACAAGGUAGGAACAGUGACAUGCGACAAAUCCCCUUGGACUUGGCUGACGGUAGCUCGUCAAGGAAGCAAAUUCUCAAAGGUGUGUCGGCAUAUUUCAAUACCGGAGAGCUGGUGGCGAUCAUGGGACCAUCUGGGUGCGGAAAGACAACGCUAUUAGACUUGCUGACAGGAAGGCGACGCAAUGGACAUUUUGAGGGGCAGGUAUAUAUCAACGGAGUGGGACUGGGUCAAGUACAGGACUGGUAUGCUCGUAAGAUUGGUUAUGUGUUACAGCUCGCUGUACCUUACUAUGAGGAGCUCACCGUCCGGCAGAAUCUCUUCUUCGCUGCUCACAUGCGAUUGCCAAAAGAAACGAGUGCUGCUAAGAAAUACGAACGCGUUGAACAAAUUAUUGCCGAGACUGGACUGACACAAUUGGCCAACACGGUUGUUGGAGGAUCAACGGGACUGGGAUUGAGCGGAGGGCAAAAGCGUCGCCUCUGUGUAGCUCUCCAGUUGAUUAACAUGCCCUCAGUACUUUUUCUUGACGAACCAACCUCAGGUUUGGACGCGUCAUCUUCCCUGGAGCUGUUGAAUCAUCUCAAUCUUGUUGCUGAGUCAGGCAGACUUGUUAUUCUCACCAUACAUCAGCCCAGGCUGGAAAUCUUCCAUCUUUUUCACAAGAUUCUUUUUCUGUGCGAUGGUGAGGUGGCGUACUAUGGGGAACCCUCUAUGGCACCAGAACUUUUCAUCAAAGCCUACACUGCAACCUCUACAGAGUACCAGCUGAGUGAAGAAGCACCGAGAAUUGACGCCAAAAAUCCCGCAGAUACUAUCAUGGAUUUACUGAACUGCGGUGUAGCUCGUCGUGCCAUUUUAGAUUACUACCAAAGAAGCGGUGAGCCACUAGCAGUCCAAGAAGCCAUAAAGACAUCACAGGAAAAGGCCAGCAAAACAGUUACCAUGGAAAGAAUGAAAAUGCUUGUCGAUGGAGCCGGAUCAUUUAACAGAAUCUUUGUGUUAGAGAGCAGAACUUCUGUGAAGCAGACUCUGGGACAGAUCUUGUACUUUCCAUUAAUAUUUUUCACAUUUGGGAUCAUUGUAGGAACUGUGUACUGGCAAGCAGAGGAGAGAGAUGGAAUUCUGCUGAUGUCAGCCUAUUGUGUGUACUGCUGUGCAAGUCCUUUGUUUCUUAGCUCCGUUCUCAUGGCUCACCUUAAUAAAGCAUUGGAUAUUUUUCGCCUUGAACGUCAAGACGGCUACGGCAGAUCUUACGAGAACGUUGUACAAACGUUUGUGCGGACAACAGCUUUAUGUGCCUUACCGGUGAUUAUAUGCUCCACCAUGUCUUACUUGAUGGUUAUGACGUCGUAUGAUUUGUGGAAGUUCUUGUUGGUAACAAUUAUCUCAUUGGUUUUAAACCAAACGUGGAUUGCAGUCUACAUGAUGGUGAUUUGUGCACAUCCGGGAAUCGCUCAUCGCAUUUGUCCGAUGGUGUCCGCCAUCGGAGGUUUUGCGGGUGGUUUUUUAGUACCCAGACCCCAGAUGCCAGUUGGAUACAACCUCUUAUUUUACAUCAAUCCCCAAUUCUAUGGCUACUCAGCAAUGACUAAAGUGCUGCUGUUAAAUGUUCGACUGAAAUGUGAAUACGAGUCUGCCCUAAACUGUAUUAGCACGGAUGGUAAUGCUGUGCUGGCCAGGUUUGGGUUUGACACUGUCAAUGUCUACGAACACUUACUGAUCAUGUUGGGGAUGACAUUACUAUCUUUGCUUCUCUCUUGGUUGUUUUUAGAAGCGAAAAACUUCACCAUCCCCUCCCCCUCCCCAACUAAAACUCCCCCAGUCUUUCUAACCGAGCAUGAAGAGGAGAAGUUGGAGGUUACGGUUGAGCCGAUGACACCAAUUGAUGAAACCCCAGUCGGCGAGGACAAGGAUGAAAUAGAACUGGAGAUGCCCAUAAAACCAUUUAGCCGCAACCGGAGAUCCGCAAAAUCCAGGCUUGGACUAAUCAGUGGCAACCAAGGUUUCCAUUCUGUCAAGCUUCCCUUGCACAGACGUCAGUCACGUGACGCGGACAGCGUCCUUAACACCCAACAAACAAUUGAUGGCGAGAAUCUUAACUACGUUGUACGCCGCAGGCGAUUGGUGAGCGUCUCAGGGAAAGAACUUUGGAGAUCCACCAAACAACGUGUUGAGGAGAGGAAGAUUGACUUUGACAAGCGUUUAUCACAAGUUGAGCAAAUUGCACGGCGUUACACGAUAAAACACUCGCAAUCCGUACGAAGGAAAGCGAAGGAGAAGGCGGUUUUUGCUCGAAGAAGUACCAUGGCUGCCUCGGCUUCAAAUGAAGCUAACAGGCAGGAGUUUAUUACUAAAAGAAAUGGUCGCUUCCAAGAUAGGGGAGAGCUGUUUCAGAAGGUGAUUGAAGAAUCGGUGGACGGAGGAAGCGGUGAGGAAUACAAGGAUGAAGUGCGAGACGUUCUUAAGCAGGAGGCUGAAGCUAGAAAGAGGCAAAGCGAAGUAAGAAGUGCUACUGGAUCCAGUGCAGAAGAUGUCUUGCAGUUACACACUGUGGAAAAAUCUUUCGACCAUGAAGCUACAGGAAUUGAAAUCCAAGAACAAGGACGAUCCAGAGGAGAUGAGGAAGGCGCUGGAAUAGGAGAUCCGCAACAAGCGUCUGGUUGUGAAGUUCAGAAGGACAAACAAAGAUCUCCGAAGAAAGUCUCCAUCAUAAAAUUUACCAGAGGAGACGAGGAAGGCGCUGAAAUAGGAGAUCAGCAACAAGCGUCUGGUUGUGAAGUUCAGAAGGACAAACAAAAAUCUCCGAAGAAAGUCUCCAUCAUAGAAUUAACUGAAAGUCUCGAUGUCUGAUAUGGCGGAGUUUCCUGAAUUUUGCAAUUGCUUGAUAUCAAGGACGACACAUGCAGAUAAAAAGUAGGAGAACCAGACUAUAAUUUUAGAAGGAUUGCAUUUUGUAUUCUGAAAUGUGCUGAUAACUGCUAAGAUCGUGAAUGAUAAAUAAAUCAAUAUUUACUCAUAAGUUGUGAUUUCAAAUAAGGUAACUGAAAUUAAAGCCUUCCUACUUAAAA